AUGACCCAACUGACCACCGGCGUUGAUAUCAUCGAGAUACCCCGCAUUGCGAGGGUGCUUGAGCAGUACGGCCAGCGUUUCUUGCGCCGUAUAUUCACCCCCGGCGAGAUAGAGUACUGCCGCGAACGCCCCCCCAACCUGGCCGCUCGCUUCGCCUCCAAGGAAGCCACCAUGAAGGCCCUGGGCACCGGAGUUCGGGGCGUGGCCUGGAAGGACAUUGAAGUCGUUCGGGCCCCCAGCGGCGCCCCGUCAAUUGUGCUUCAUGGCCGCGCCAAAGCCCGCGCCGAAAGGCUGGGCGUCCAGGAAAUCUCCCUUAGCAUUUCCCACUCCCGCGAGUACGCCGUUGCCUUCGUGGUAACCCAGUGCGACUCGUCCCCUCAACUUGAAUCUGCACCGCCGAGCGACGAGCAAUCUUCCCCCCUCUCCCGUGGGGAGAGGGGCCCGGCGUGA